GCAUUUAUUGUUUGUAGACUUUUUGAUGAUGGCCAUUCUGACUGGUGUGAGGUGGUACCUCAUUGUAGUUUUGAUUUGCAUUUCUGUAAUGAUUAGCUAUGUUGUGCAUCUUUUCACGUGCUUAUGGGCCGUCCGUAUUUCUUUGGAGCAGUCUGUUUAGGUCUUCUGCCCAUUUUUCACUUGUGUUGUGUCUUUGUUGUUGAGUCGUAUAAGCCGUUUGUAUAUACUGGAAAUUAGGCCCUUGUCAGUGGCAUCAUUGGCAAAUAUUUCCUCCCAGUCUGUAGGUUGUCGUUUUGUUUUGUUUAUGGUUUUGUUUGAUUUCUGUUGCCUUGGGAGCCUGACCUAAGAGAACAGCGGUACAAUUUAUGUCAGAGAAUGUUUUUGCCUGUGUUCUCUUCUAGGAGUUUUAUGGUGUCAUGUCUUAUAUUUAAGUCUUUAAGCCAUUUUGAGUUAUGUUUUGUGAGGGUGUGUUCUAACUUCAUUGAUUUGCAUGCCACUGGGGAAGGAACACAUUUUUAAUGAUACUGAUUGGUGUUCAUAUUGUUACAUAAAUGAGUAAAUAAGAGGGCCAACCUGGAAGAGAAUACAAAAUGAAAGCAAUUUCAAAUUGCUGUCCACCACCAGCACCUCCUGUAGCUGACGUUCAGAGCUGCAGCCACCUCUGCAGCACGGCUCUUCGCAAAGCUGGCUGGCUGCUGCACCCACUGUAGCAUCUAGCACGCUGCAGACAGUCCCACACUGCCAGGUGGACUGUGGGCACAGGGAAGAGAGUCCAGCUUGCUCUGCAUCUCUUGCUGGCCCUGUGAGCAGAGCCUUACAUUUCAGCAUGUUGUAGUCUCUGAAUCUCCUCUCAAAUUCAUCUUGGUUGUGGCCAAAAUAGCACUUAAUAUUUUUCACACCGUGGGUUAUGUGUCAUUAACAGAAAUCUGAGACUUGGGUUGAUAUUUCUUACUGGCACAUUCUUUAAAGGCACAUGGAGAUAUAUUUAACAUGCUUUCCACUUCCUAGAUUUAUUCCAGUCAAACCCAAUUUCGUAGUAAAAACCCAGGAGGAGGGUUUCCCUGGUGGCGCAGUGGUUGAGAGUCCGCCUGCCGAUGCACGGGAUGCGGGUUUGUGCCCCGGUCCGGGAGGAUCCCGCGUGCCGUGGAUUGGCUGGGCCCGUGAGCCAUGGCCGCUGAGCCUGCGCGUCAGGAGCUUGUGCGCCGCAGCAGUGAGAGGCCCGCGUACCGUAAACAAACAAACAAAACCCAGGAGGAAUUCUUUUGAACUUCCUGAUUGACCAUAUUCUUGCCUCUUUGUCUUUCUGCAGAUCUGAGUUGUAUCCACUCUCAUCAGCACUCAUUCACUUAGGACUUUGCAGACGCAGGACGCCAGAGUAAUCAGACUCCUCAAGAAAGUGACUGUAAUUUCCAGUUCCUUGGUGGAGGAAAACAAAACACUCUGGUCUUACUUCCAAUGAUGCAAGUGUGACUGCUGGCGUCUUCAUGAGCUCCAGAGGUCACAGCACGCUACCACGGACUCUCAUGGCCCCUCGGAUGAUUUCUGAGGGAGACAUAGGAGGCAUUGCUCAAAUCACUUCCUCGCUCUUCCUGGGCAGAGGCAGUAUAGCCUCCAACCGGCACCUCCUCCAGGCUCGUGGCAUCACCUGCAUUGUUAAUGCUACCAUCGAGAUCCCCAAUUUCAACUGGCCCCAGUUUGAAUAUGUUAAAGUGCCUCUGGCUGACAUGCCUCAUGCCCCCAUUGGACUCUACUUUGACACCGUGGCUGACAAGAUCCACAGCGUGAGCAGGAAACACGGGGCCACCUUGGUGCACUGUGCUGCGGGGGUCAGCCGCUCGGCCACGCUCUGCAUCGCAUACCUGAUGAAAUACCACAACGUGUGCCUGCUGGAGGCGUACACCUGGGUGAAAGCCCGGAGGCCCGUCAUCAGGCCCAACGUGGGCUUCUGGAGGCAGCUGAUAGACUACGAGCGCCAGCUCUUUGGGAAGUCGACAGUUAAAAUGGUACAGACACCUUAUGGCAUAGUUCCAGACGUUUACGAGAAGGAGUCCCGACACCUGAUGCCUUACUGGGGGAUAUAAGUCACCAAAGCCUGCAUCAGCAGCCCCUUGAGCAGUACCAGCAUCUGCUGCACGCGUCUGCUCUUCACCUUUCUUUCCAAAUGGUUGACUUUUGGUUCUCCCUGAAGUGUUUUUUACACUGGGUGUUCAUGUCUAUCUUAAGAGAGAAAGGAGGGAGGGGAGGAACGUAAGGGGAAUGCUUACAUGGCUACUGACAUUUUUAAAACUAACAUUUUGGAAUAGUUUAUGAAAAUCUUUAACUGGCUUUUAAUCCUUUUUAACAAUUUGAACAGUUUAAUAAACUGGUUCUGCUCUAUUCUCAAUCCCAUGCCUUUUGGCAUCAUGGGAGGAGCUCAGUGCAAAAAAUCACUUUGGGCCCCGAUUAACCCUUUAGAUACACGCUUUGCCCAAGGCUGCCGACCAAACAAAUGCUUAGGGAACAUUGAUACCAGUGUCAGUCUCUACUGGAUCAGCCCUCUUUCCUUUCCUCCUAUUAUUUAGUGACUCUGUAAGUUAAAAAACAAGCCUUUAUUAUUUAGCUGUUAAUUAUAAUGGAAUCUGCAAACACUCUGUUGGAAUCAGUGUGCCCUAGGACUAUAUUAGCAUUAUUUUUAAUAAAUAUAUCUGCUUAACAU